GCAGCUGUCAGUGAGGAGGCGUGUGCCCGCGCUCAGUAGUAGCGGCUAAUGGCCAUUUUAUAGAAUGAAGGAGUGAAAGUAUGAAACAGUCUUUUAUACCUGCAAUAGUCCCGACAGAGAUUAUAUAAACGACAUCGUUAAUUUCUGCGAUAAAUCGUGAAGCGAACGCUUACGCCGCGUGGGUAUAUUAUCGCAACGAGAAACUGCAUGGAAACGAUGAGCUGGGGCGCAGAGCUUUGGGAUCAGUUUGACAGUUUGGAAAAGCACACGCAGUGGGGCAUUGAGUUCCUUGAAAGGUACACUAAAUUCGUCAAGGAGAGAUGUGAGAUCGAAGUCAACUAUGCAAAGCAAAUUAGGAAUCUUUCGAAGAAAUACCAGCCCAAGAAGAGCCUGAGAGAGGAGGAAGAGAGCAAAUACACAUCAUGCCGGGCGUUUCUGAUGACACUGACCGAGCUGAACGACUAUGCUGGGCAGCACGAGGUCAUUGCCGAAAACCUCACUGCCCAAAUCGUCUCAGAGCUGGGGUGCUACAUCCAAGACCUCAAGGCCGAGAGGAAAUCGCAUUUCCACGAUGGGCGGAAGGCACAGCAGCACAUGGAGAACGCCUGGAAGCAGUUGGAAUCGAGUAAACGCAGGUUUGAGAGGGACUGCAGAGAGGCAGACAGGGCACAGCAGCACUUUGAAAAGAUGGACGCCGACAUCAAUGUGACCAAGGCAGACGUGGAGAAGGCCAGGCUGCAGGCCCAGAUGAGAGCCCAGAUUGCAGAGGACAGCAAGAGCGAGUAUUCUUCCUGCCUGGAGAACUUCAACCAGGAGCAGAACCAGCACUACCACACCCUUCUCCCGCUCAUCUUCCAGAGGAUCCAGGAGAUGGAGGAGCGUCGCGUGGAGCAGGUGGGCACGUGCAUGCGGACGUUCUCCGAGGUGGAGCGGCAGGUCCUGCCCAUCGUGGGGAAGUGUUUGGAUGGGAUGAGCCGGGCGGCCGAGAGCAUCCAGCCGCAAGCCGACUCCCAGCAGGUGGUGGAGUGCCACAAGUCCGGCUUUGAGCCGCCUGGGGAUGUGGAGUUUGAAGAUUACGGGCUAAAGAGGACAGCUUCAGACUCCAACCUGUCUCACACACGCAGCAGGAGCAAGAGCAAACUGUGGCCUUUUAUCAAGAGAAACAGGCUCAUGUCCCUCUUAACCUCUCCUCGUCAGCCCCCCCCUCCCCCGCCCACCUCACCGCCACCCCCUGACCACCCUAACGGCCCCCACUCACCCAAACAGCAGAGAGAGCCCCUCUCGCACCGACUCUCUGAACUCAUCAGCUCCAAACCCAGAAUGCAUUGCAGCUCCAAACCCAGAAUUCAUUGCUUGCGGAGCCUGAAGCGUGGGCUGUCGCCAUCGAGGAAAAGCAAUUCCAAGCAGUCCAGCAGUGAUAACUAUUUUGACAAAGAGCUCAUGAAGAGGACUUUAGGCAAACCGACAUAUGCCUUCGAGGCCAGACAAUACGUCCUCUCUCUCAAGCUGGGAUCAGGACCAGAGGACCUCAGCCACCUGCCCCCAGAGCAGAGGAGGAAGAAGCUGCAGGCUAAGAUCCAGGACGUCGACCGCCACAUCCAGAAAGAAGUAGAUGAAAAGGAGGCUCUGACCAAAAUGAAGGAUGUUUAUCUGAAGAACCCACAGAUGGGGGACCCCAGCAGUGUGGAGCCACGAUUGGCUGAGAUCUGCGAGAACAUCGAUAGGCUAAGACUUGAGGCCCAGAAAUUUGAGGGCUGGUUGGCAGAGGCGGAGGGGAGGUUGCCAGUGAAGUCUGAUCCCCCCAGAAGGCAGAGUGGACCGUAUGAGACCCAAAACAACAGCAGCUGUGCGCAAGACCGUGAGAGUCCAGAUGGCAGUUACACGGAGGAUCAGAGCUCAGAGACGCGGCCCAGGAGCCAGAGCCACGAGAUGGACGACGAGUUUGAAGACGAGGAGCCGCUGCCCGCCAUCGGGACCUGCAAAGUGCUGUACCCUUUCGAAGGGCAGACAGAGGGCACCAUGUCCGUGUCCGAGGGGGAGCUGCUGCACAUGAUCGAGGAGGACAAGGGCGAUGGCUGGACCCGCGUGCGGAGGAACGACGAGGACGAGGGAUACGUGCCCACGUCCUACAUCCAGGCCUCUGUGGACACCAGCGCCCAAGAUUCCUAAGUGUGUGGCUGGAGCCAGGCCUGCAGUGCAGAAAGUGUUCCUGUGAGGGAGUUAGACGCAGACACAGAACUGCUAUGAGGCAUUCCACCACUCACCUCAUUGCCCUCAGCACUGUAGUACAUUACAGCCUCUUUCAUUACCUCAAAACGCAAGUACAUUACAGCCACUGCCUUUACCCUCGAUACUCAAAUACAUUACAACUGCUUGCAUUACCCUCAACUUUCAAAUACACUACAGGCUAUUUCAUUACCCUCAACUUUCAAAUACAAGACAGGCUAUUUCAUUACCCUGAACUUGCAAAUACAGAACAGGCUAUUUCAUUACCCCCAGUCAAACAGUCAAAUACUUUCCACCUACUUGCAUUACCGUCAACUCUCCAAUACAGUGCAGGUUAUUUCAUUACACUCAAUACUCAAAUACGUUACAACUGCUUGCAUCACUUCAAAACUCUUCAUUACACUACAUAAUUUUCAUUACACUUCAAUACAUUUCAAUUAACUGCAUUACAGCUCUCAUAUACAGUACAGCCUCUCUUUACACUCAGGACUCCUACUACAUUAGAGCCUCUUUCAUUAGCCUCAAAACUCAACUAAAAAAUUACAACUGCCUUCAUUAUGUCAACCAGGAAUGAGGAAUUACUACGUUUAAUUUUUUGCUUAGUCCUGAACAAAAGCUGUCUAAUUUCCCUCGGGAUGAAUAAAGUAUCCAUCUAUCUAUCUAAUAAGGUUUCAUCCUACAUAAAUUUAUAAAUUCAGCCAGCAUAAAUUAAUGGAAUUAUAGUUAGAAUUAAAUGUGAAAACCAGUUAAUAGUGUUCCUCUGAUGUCACAGUGGCAUCCAAAGAAGGACAGUGCAACAAAACUGUGAAAGAGUUGUCAUAGCAACUAUAAACCAGCCCAAAAUCUAGAACAACUUUUAAUUAUCACUGCUUGAUGUGUUCUCUGUGGAGAUAGCAGGCCUAGACCAACAAUAACAAAUACACUAAUCUUAGCUUUGGACAGUAGGGAUGGUGGGUACAAAUGCCUGUUGCAGUACUCUGUAAAACCUAUAAACAGAGAAAACAGUUAGCAGUCGGCAAGAAUGUGUGGAAACUCUUUGUAAGUCAUCCCAAUUUGGGUAGGCUAACUUGAUACUUUAUUAUUACUAAUUAUAUAUCAUUUGACAUUUGUUGACAACAGUAUCGCCAAAUGAGCUUCCAGUACCCUAUCGAUUUUUUUAAAUUUGCUUGCACUGUUUUACUGUUUACUGCAGUGGAAAUUAUAGUUUUGAUUUUUAUAACAAAGCAACACACAAACAAAAUUCAGCAUUUAAUUUACAAAUACCUAACUGCCAAAUUACAAAAACAAAUCAUAUAAUAUCAGCUGUAAUGGCACACAUUAGGCUAUAUAUUUCCAGAGAAAUAGAUGAAGUUAGAUUGCUAAGCUUUUGUCAAACCAACAGAGAAAUUUGGUUUGUUAUUACUCAAAUGCGUGACAAAAAUAAGAAAGAAAGUAGCCUACUACUUUUGAUGUAUGCUAUAUUACCAAAAAAUAAAUAGGCUAUGCGAGAAAGUUUACUGUAAUUUAACGAACAUCCGUGCAACAGCCACAUUUGACUAUUAUUUUAUUCAAGUGAUCAUAGGCUAUACAAACAGGUGAAAAUAAACUUGAAAUCCACUGUGAGGUGUAAAGACUAUAGCCCAUCAAUAAUGGCAUUGUAAGUUCAAAGUGUCCAAAAUGUCAAAUGGAAAAUGGUCAAAAUCAUAAUAUCCAUAACCUCAGCAUAUUCCCAGUAUUUUCAAAAUGUCACUCACCUGUCCCUUCAUCAGCGAACAACCCAUACUUAAACUCUUUAUUUCCAACUCUUGCCUGAAAACAUCAGUGCAGAUUUAGGCAAACUAACGAUCUAUUGAUAACAAUUGAUAACAAUGCAUUGAACCUGCAAUGGAUUCAUUUAUUUGAAAACAGAUAUUGGCUGCAUGCCAUUGCUGCAUCUUGCGUAUUUGAGAAGGAAUAAACAUUUGACGUUUACAUGUUGGUGAAAAGUGCGUUGACAACACUGUCAGCUUUGCGAGGAGAAGAAUAACCCCGCCCCCCCUCCCUGGUGGUCAGGGAGAGCUGAUGUCAGAUGAGAGAUCUGUGAUGUUCAGUUUUCAAAGCUUACUUAACAUAUGGAGGGAGCAGCCAACUCAGGCAGCAGUAACAAGGCAACUGCCUUAAAUACUAGCUUGGCAAAUAACAAAUAACAGUUUCCUUUAACACUGAUCACACUAAAACACUGGCACUGCUUUUACCAUUAGCAAGCACUCUGUGGCAUCACAUUUGCACAGCUUGUAGUUUUUUGUAUUUGACCAUUACGAGUAUAAUUAUUUGUUUUAUUUGAGCAUAUUUUAUAUGAUCUAAUUUUCCCAUUUUUGAAUGCCCUGUUGUACUCACUAGCCACAUUCAAUGAUACAACCACCAGACAAGCUUGCCAUCUUGUCAUGAUUUAGCUGACUAGAGCGUUGCUACAUAUCGUUUACUUCUUCUAUAAAUCACCAGUGAAGAAGAACUGGUAAUUUGGCCAAGCCUCCCAUGCAUAUUGCAUACUGUCUUUCCCUCUCUUUAUGCAGCAUUGUAUGAGCAUGCUCUGCCCUGCAGAAGGUUGCGAGUUCAUCAUCUGCUUGUGGUUUGAUUUCAUCUACCGCCAUCGUAUUCUUUUCAACAUUUCAUAUUUCAUUUUUAACAUUUUAUUUACACAUUAUUCAUUUGAUCUUGUUUGCAUGACCUUGCAUGUUUAGGCAUCUCCAGUCUUACAAAUCACUAGAUUGCUUUAGGUCAUCGGUCUGUGAGAUGCUGCUUUAUAGGGGAUAAAAAGAUCACUUUUUCCUGCAAUUGAGUUGAACCACAAUCUUUUGCCUGUCAUCAUUUAACCACAUUGAAGUACACAAAUCAAGCAUGUGGAAUUCAGAUUCCAUGACUUUACACGACAAGAUAACAAUGUUAAAAGUUUAACUUGCCUCAUAAGAAGUGUUUAUUUAAGUGAUUACUGUGACUGAAUGUGGCAGACGUGUGUGUUUUUGAGAACAACCUCAAUUUGAUCUGGGAUCAGAGUACAUUUUGAUGAAGUUGAUGCUUUAUUCUGUGUCGGUGGGUCUUCUCUUAUGCUAAUUGUUCAGUAAAAAUGCUAAUUAAGUUGAAAUGGUGUAGGACUCUGAUGUAAGGACUGAGUAAACAGCCUCCCCAGGCUCAGGACCAAUGGCAUGUGACCACAGCCCUGUAUCAGCACUGCUAUUGGUCAGUUCUAGUGCCAUGAGCGAUGGCCAAUCAUCUGCAGUCCUCUGAUGUGGUUUCUUCCUUGUCCUCGCGUUAAAAAGGAGGACCAGCAAAUACAUAUGUAUAAAGUUUAAAAUCAUACAAAUGAAAAACAAUUUUAAAGGUUUUAACUGUAAUUUCACUUGUGUGAAUCUCAGUUUUUGCUUUGCUAAAUGUCGUUUUGUUUUCGUAAAAAUUAGCAAAAUUCCUUCACGUGUUUUUUGCACUGAUAACAUCACGUUGUGUUUACUGUGCCAAUUAAAAACACCUCUGGGAA